GGAGGGAGGGAAGGAGGGAGGAGAGGCAAGAAAGAAGGGAAGGAAAGAAAGGAGAGAGAGAGAGAGAGAGAGAGAAAGGAGAGCGGAAAGGGAAGCCCGGGGAAAAGGCUGGAAUGGCCAGGGACGAGGAGAAUUACUAUGGCAAGCAUGGGACACCCCAAAAAUAUGACCCAACUUUCAAAGGACCCAUUUAUGACAGGGGCUGUACGGAUAUAAUUUGCUGCAUCCUGCUCCUGGUUGCUGUUGUGGGCUACGUUGCUGUAGGAGUUGUGGCAUGGACACAAGGAGACCCCAGGAAGGUGAUCUAUCCAACAGACAGUCGUGGCCAGUUCUGUGGCCAGAAGGGAACACCUAAUGAGAACAAACCUUUCUUGUUCUACUUCAACAUCAUGAAAUGUGCCAGUCCUUUGGUGCUGCUGGAGUUUCAAUGUCCCACUACGCAGAUCUGUGUAAGCAACUGUCCAGAGCGUUAUCUCACCUACCUACAAGCCUACACAACUGACAUUACGGCUACUGGGGACCUUAAAUAUUAUCAGCAGUUUUGUGUGCCAGGAUUUAAAGAUCUGAGAAAGAGUCCCCCUGAAGUUUUGAAAGAUGGUGACUGCCCAGCCAUGCUGACUCCGAGCAAGCCCUUGGCUCGCAGAUGCUUACCUGCUAUCAAUGCUAAGAAAGGAGUCAUCAUGGUUGGGAAUGAGACCACCUUUGAUGAUGGACGUGGAAAGAAAAGAAAUGUAACGGAUCUUGUAGAAGGGGCCAAAAAAGCAAAUGUGGUUCUUGAGGCAAGACAAGUAGCAAUGAAAAUCUUCGAAGAUUACACCGUUUCCUGGUAUUGGAUAAUAAUAGGUCUGGUGAUCUCCAUGGUGGUCAGCCUUAUCUUUAUUGUCCUGCUUCGGUUCCUGGCAGGGAUCAUGGUUUGGGUGAUGAUAGUGCUUGUGAUCCUGGUUCUUGGAUAUGGAAUCUUCCACUGUUACAUGGAGUAUGCCCAGCUCAAAGGACAGUCUGGUUCUGAUGUCUCCUUGAAGGAGCUUGGGUUCCAGACAGAUCUUCGUGUUUAUCUCCACCUGAGACAAACCUGGCUGGCCUUCAUGAUUAUCCUAUGCAUUGUGGAGGUUAUCAUCAUCUUACUCCUCAUCUUCCUGCGCAAGAGGAUCCUCAUUGCCAUUGCACUGAUCAAGGAAGCCAGCAGGGCCAUCGGUCACAUCAUGACAUCCUUGCUGUUUCCCCUCUGCACAUUCUUCCUGGUUUGUCUCUGCAUUGCUUACUGGGCCAGCACAGCUGUCUUCUUGUCUACCUCUAACGAAGCUGUCUACAAGGUGUUUAAUGAGACUGAGUGUGCUUAUGCUGGGAAGACCUGCAACCCAGAGACCUUCAAUACUUCCAACAUCACCAAGCAGUGCCUAGGUGCCCGUUGCCUCUUUGCCUUCUAUGGUGGUGAGACCGCCUACCACAAGUACCUCAUCAUCUUCCAGAUCUACAAUGCCUUUAUGUUCUUCUGGUUGGCCAACUUUGUCAUUGCCUUGGGCCAAGUCACACUGGCUGGAGCCUUUGCCUCCUACUACUGGGCCUUUAAGAAACCAGAUGACAUGCCUGCAUUCCCCCUCUUCUCUUCCUUUGGCCGAGCACUCAGGUAUCACACAGGCUCAUUGGCUUUUGGGUCUCUGAUUCUAGCCAUUGUUCAGAUCAUCCGGGUUAUUCUGGAAUACUUGGAUCAUAGGCUAAAAGCUGCUGAGAACAAGUUUGCCAAGUUUCUCUUGACCUGUCUCAAAUGCUGUUUCUGGUGCCUGGAGAAGUUCAUCAAAUUCUUGAACAGGAAUGCAUACAUUAUGAUUGCUAUUUAUGGCACCAAUUUCUGCACAUCUGCAAGGAAUGCCUUUUUCCUGCUCAUGAGGAAUAUCAUCAGGGUGGCUGUUCUGGACAAAGUCACUGAUUUCCUUAUUUUCCUUGGCAAACUCCUGAUUGUAGGAAGUGUUGGGAUACUUGCCUUUUUCUUUUUCACCCAGAGGAUAAAGGUGAUUCAAGAUACAGCACCAGCUCUCAACUAUUACUGGGUCCCCAUUCUGACUGUAAUUGUGGGAUCCUAUCUUAUUGCACAUGGAUUCUUCAGUGUGUAUGCCAUGUGUGUGGACACCCUCUUCCUUUGCUUUUUGGAAGACCUGGAACGUAAUGAUGGCUCUACUGAAAAGCCUUACUUCAUGUCAUCUAAUCUGAGAAAGCUCUUGAAGAAGACUAACAAACAGCCAGCGGAUACAUAAGUGGCAUCUCCUUUCUGUGCUUCAGAAUUUUAACAAGUCCAUUUUUGAAGAGCAGGAUCCAUGGGGUUACAACGUCCUGCCUUCAGUUGCUCUGCUAAGCAAUAGUAGAUUACUCAAAUUUUGACAAAUCUUUUGGAACCCUUCCCCUCUUUUGAGUGAGAAAUACAUGAUUUGUGCUUCGGUAGCCCCAUAGAUUUCAGCACAGUAAAGCACAGAUGUGUCUGCUGCUGACUUGAACAAAGUUCAUGUGAAUUCAUGAUUGGGGGUGAUGGGAUUUUUUGUUGUUAUUAUUGUUGUUACAAGAGGCAGAACAGUUUAUUUAAAUAAUAAACAAUCUAGCUGCAAAGAAUUUAGCAACUUUGGUAGUUACAUAUUCACUGCUGUCUGCAAGAAGAUAGUCCACAUAAAAUUUCUCCUGCCUGCCAGGAAACUCUUGAAUAAACGGGGUACGCUGUUCAGAAUAAAGGGAGCAACAAAUGAGGAUAUGGCUAAUAGAUUCGAUUUCUUCAGAGCCGCAAGGGCAAAGCCGGCAUUGGUAUGGUAUCUUUUUAAAUCUGCCUUCCAAUACGGCAGACGGAAGGAUAUUUAAUCUUGCAAGCAUAAAGGCCCUUCUUAACUUGGGAGUUUUCAAGUAAUCAAAGGCCCGUUACAGACGGGCCUUUAAUACGCCCUCGUCACUUUCUAAGGGUUGGCCGAGGACCUAGCGUCCAUACCGGCCUCACCUUUAGCACGUGACGGGGGCGUAAAGAUGGCGGCGCCCUAUACACACGGGUGCUGCCAUCUUCACGUGCUGGAUGCGUUGCAUCCGUACGUUUCACCCUGGAAACGCCGCCGCAAAUGCGCCCCUUGCGCUUUGCAGCGCCUCUUCCGGGGCCUCAGAAGGAGCACAAUUUCCGCGCUCCUUCUCGGCAGAGUCCAGGAGCCGCGGCGUUUAAAGGCUGCGGCUCCCGGAUGGAGCAAGCCGCGGCGGCAGCAGACCACCGCAAUCCAGCGGUCUGUAACGCGCCACUGUAUCUAGCAUGCUUGUAGGUUAUUCCAGCUUGCCUGAAGAUGGGAUAUAAAACCGAUUGGCUUUUAUGAUGCUGUAAGUCAAUAUCCUUAAUUCGCUGGAUGAUGGCAAUUUUACCUUGUUAUAACCCAGUGAGAUUACAUAUGGCAAUGACAACCCAAUAUAAGAAAGUUUCGUAAAUAAAGAUUUCUUCCAAGCCAAAGUAAUGUUAAUGGAGCCAAACCAACUGGAACAAAUAGUGAAAGGGAAGUUUGGUAAGAAGAGCCAAUAUUGUUCCUGUAGGUUUGGCUUUCAAAGGAGGAAAACUCUGUUUAAAAAUAUUCCCUCGUUUGAAAAGAGCAGUGUAUGGAGUAAAAAUGAUAAACAGUAAGCAUCAGGUAUAAAAUAACUUAAAUAAGAAGCAGAACCUAGUAUUUGUGCCAAACAUUCCAGUAAAUAAUAAGGAAGAAAGUAGCAAAUAUAAGAAAAGUACUGAAUCGUUUGGCUGUGUGUCGGUGAGUUACACAUAACUUUCUACAAAGAAAAUGGGAAAGCCAUCAGUCUAUUCAAAUCUUCCCAGUUAGUUUUAACUCUUUGCUUUUUUUUAAUGCUCUCUACUCUGACAUACAUCCCUGUAACGUUCAAAAAUAUUUUAUACGUGGAAUAUUAAACAUUUUAUUUUGUA